AUGUCCUGCUACGACCUGUGCCCCACCUCUGCCUGCGGCAUCAGCCGGCCCCAGCCCCUGGCCGACAGCGCCAACGAGCCCUGCGUGCGGCAGUGCCCUGACUCCAGCGCCCUGAUCCAGCCCCCCCCGGUGGUGGUCACCUUCCCUGGGCCCAUCCUCAGCUCCUUCCCCCAGAGCUCCGUGGUGGGAUCCUCUGGAGCUCCUGUCCUUGGGGCUUCUGGAGGCUCCCUGGGCUAUGGGGGUCUGGGAGGCUAUGGGGGCUCCUCCCUGGGCUAUGGGGGUCUGGGAGGCUAUGGGGGUCUGUAUGGCUAUGGAGGCUCCUCCCUGGGCUAUGGGGGUCUGUAUGGCUAUGGAGGCUCCUCCCUGGGCUAUGGAGGUCUGUAUGGCUAUGGAGGCUCCUCCCUAGGCUAUGGGGGUCUGGGGAGCUGUGGAGGCUCCUCCCUAGGCUAUGGGGGUCUGUAUGGCUAUGGAGGCUCCUCCCUGGGCUACAGGGGCCUGUAUGGCUACGGCAGAUCCUUUGGCUCUGGCUCCUGCAGCCCUUCCUCCUACCGGUUCAGCAGGUACCGCCGUGGCAGCUGUGGGCCCUGCUAG